GUCGCCAGUGACGGCAGCCCUAUCGCUUGUGGAUAGUGAAACAACGCCGCAGUCCGCGAUCUGCAGUGACUAGGUUCAGCCGAGCCUUAACCUGGAUACCAAAGCCACACAUCGCCCCUUAUCCGAGGAUAUUUCCGGUAACGCCGGCUCUGUUUUUAUGAAAUUACAAUAACGCUCUGUCGUUCUCUUUCACGAUGAAUGUUAUCCAAAAAGUUGAAUAGAGGGUCCCUCACAUCCCACCUGCAAUCAUGAAUGGUGGUUUUAAUAUUUGGGCUAUAACUCCAGAAGAGAGGGGGAAACAUGACAAACAAUUUGACUCUCUGGCUCCCACUUUGGGCUUUUUGUCAGGAGAUCAAGCACGAACGUUCUUCCUGCAAUCUGGUCUCCCCACAGCAGUCCUAGCAGACGUCUGGGCAUUGGCAGACAUAGGAAAAGAUGGGAAGAUGGACAGAUUGGAGUUCUCCAUUGCAAUGAAACUAAUUAAACUGCAACUGCAGGGUCAACCCCUCCCGUCCAGCCUGCCAAUCAUCAUGAAGCAGACGCCUACCCCUGCUAUGACAUCAUCAACACGCUUUGGUAUGGGUUCCAUGCCAAAUCUGUCUGCCAUGUCAGUGAUGCCCAUCUUAACUGCCAUCCCUGCAGCCCCUGCUAUGACCCCUUUGGUACCUGUACCUGCACUGAUGUCAGGUCCAUUGCCUCAGAUGCCCAACUCUCUCAGUGUGCAAGCUUUACCUAACGGCAAUGCAGCUUUCUUCACACCAACACCAGCAUUCCCAGUCUCCAGUGGUUUGAGUAAAUCUCACUCACUCUUGGACCUUGGCUCUAGCAGUUCUAACUCUUCCUCCACCACUUCCCUUGCGAGUAACUCCCCCAAAAUGAAUGCAUCUGAUUGGGCGGUGCCUCAGUUGUCCCGUCUGAAAUACCGGCAGCAGUUCAACAGUCUAGACAAGCUGAUGAGCGGAUACCUGUCAGGUCCCCAGGUCAGGAAUGCCCUCACAGCAUCUAACCUCACGCAAACACAGCUUUCUACCAUAUGGUCUCUUGCUGAUGUAGAUCGUGAUGGGCAGUUGAGAGCAGAAGAGUUUAUUCUAGCAAUGCACCUGGUUGAUAUGGCCAAGACUGGACGGCCCUUACCUCUGACUCUGCCUCCAGACCUUGUGCCUCCUUCACUCAGACAAGUGAAAUCAUGUGACCUCCUGAACGGACCUGUUCCUCUGAUUAACACUGAGCUGAUUGAGCCAGAACAACCACAGAGAAGCAAGACGUCAUUUGAGGAUAAACUAAAGGAGAAUUUCCAUAGAGGAAAUGCAGAGCUGGAAAAGCGACGUCUGGCUCUGCAGGAGGAACAAAAGAGAGAGGAGGAGAGGAGGAGAGAAGAAGCGAGACGAGAGGACGAGAGGAGACGACAGAAGGAGAUGGAGGAAAGAGAACGAAAAGAGAGAGAAGCCCGGGAGAUGGAGCUGAGGAGACAAAGGGAGGAGGAGAGGAGGAUAGAGAGACAGAAAGAGCUAGAGCGACAGAGAGAAGAAGAAAGACUGAAAGAAUUAGAGCGACGUGAGGAAGUGGAGCGUCAGAGGCGGAUGGAAUGGGAGAAGAGUAAACGAGUGGAGCUUCAGACACAGAAAGAAAAAGAGCAGAGCGACAUACAGAGACUUAAGGACAGGAAGAGGAGUCUCGAGAUGGAGCUGGAGGCGGUGGGUAACAAGCAUAAGCAGAUCUCCGAUAGGCUGCGGGAUGCCAAGAGUAAGAGGCAGAUUCAGAGGUCCGAGCUGGACCUGAUCAAUCAGAAGAGAGAUAGUCGUAUUACAGAUAUCAACUCCCUACAGUUACAGUUUGAGGAAAUUCAGAGGCAGAUGAAUCGUUUUGGUCCUGAGAAGCAGCGACUGACAGAGAGACUUCUACAUCUUACCCAAAACAACUCAAGUCCUUUGAUAAAUGACGUGAAACAGAGUGUGUGCGAGAAAGAUCUGAGCUGUCGGAAGCUGAAGGAGCAGCUGGAUGUUUUAGAGAGAGAGACCACUGCGAAACUCUCACAAAUGGAGCAGUACAACAGAGAAAUCAAGGAUUUGAGACAGAGGCAGAGCCAGCAGCAGGACGUCCUAGAACAGCUCAGGAGGGUGAGGUCUGAGAAACUCAAAGAGCUACAGAGACACAGGAAAGAAGAGGAGGAGAGGAAGAGGAAGAAAGAGGAGGAGGAGGAGGAGAGAAAGAGAGAGAAGAGGAAGAGAGAGGAGGAAGAGAGGAAGAGGAAGAAAGAGGAGGAGGCUGCGAGACAGGCGAAGCUGGAGCUGGAGGAAGUGGAGCGUCAGAGGAAGUUUGCCCAGGAGCGAGAAGCCAAACUCAGGGAAGAACAGCGGCGCCAAGCCGAAGCCCAACUUCAGGAAGCCCAGGAGCAGGCACGAGAGAAAGAGAAGAAGAGGAGUGCUGAGGAGAGAGAGAGGGAAGAGAGAGAAAUCAAUGAACUGGCUGUACACACUCAGCCCUCCAUGACAUACAAUAACACAGAGAACAAAAGCUUGCAGCCAGUGGUGACUAUUGAAGACACAUGUCCUCACCUCACCACCUACAGAGCUCUCUAUCCCUUCACAGCACGCAACUCUGAGGAGCUCACACUGGAGGCAGACUGUCUGAUCGAGGUGGAUGAAUCAAUAGAUGAAUCAACAGUUAGGGAGACCGGCUGGCUGUAUGGGAGUUACUGUGGGAACAGUGGCUGGUUCCCAGAGAGUUAUGCUGAGAGAUGUUGGAAAGACAGUGAGACUGAGAAGACACACUCCACAGCGCCCUCCACCAACUACCCUGGAAUUCCUCGAGUGGACAUUGAAGGACCAACUCCAACACACACACCAGUGUCUUCAAACACACAGCACACACAGGCUGUAGCUCUGUGUGAGUGGAGCGCUAAGACUGAGAGUCACCUGGGCUUCUCUAAAGAUGACAUCAUCACGGUUCUGGAGAAGCAGGACAACUGGAUCUACGGAGAGCUCAACGAGAGCCGGGGCUGGUUCCCUUGCUCACAUGUCUCCAUGCUUACCACCAAUAAAACACAGAAUGAGCCGUUAUAUUCUACAGUGGAUGAGAUGGAACUUUCAGAUUCUGGUCUGUUUGAGGAGUAUGUGGCUCUGUACACAUACGAGAGUCCGGAAUCAGGUGACCUGACAUUCUGUGCCGAGGAUGUUGUCCUGGUGACAGAGAGGGAAGGAGAAUGGUGGAGAGGGUGCAUCGGUGACCAGUCUGGCCUCUUUCCUUCCAACUAUGUUAAACCCAAAGAGUCUGAUACUGCCAAUCUUGGAGUUCCCGGUAAAAAGCCAGAGAUUGCUCAGGUGUGUUCGGCCAAUGCUGCCACAACGCCAGAACAACUGAGUCUGACACCUGGUCAGCUGAUCGUGGUGCUGCAUAAGAACUCAAACAGCUGGUGGCUGGGUGAACUACAGGCACGGGGUAAAAAGCGCAAAAAGGGCUGGUUCCACUCCUCUAAUGUCAGAUUACUGGAGGCCAACAGCGGCAAAAUAACUCCUGCAUCUCAGCCAUUGUGUCAGGCUAUUGCAAUGUAUGACUACAAAGCAGCCAAUAAGGAUGAGAUGAGCUUCCAAAAAGGUCAGCUGAUCACCGUAUUCAACAAGGACAACCCUGACUGGUGGAAAGGAGAGGUCGCCGGGGUCGUAGGGCUGUUUCCAACUAAUUAUGUGAAGAUGACCACAGAAUGUGAUCCCAGCCAGCAAUGGUGUGAUGAUCUGCUCAGUUUAGAGUCUAUGUGCACUGAAGAGAGGAAGAGGCAAGGCUAUAUCCACGAGCUCAUUCAGACGGAGGAGACCUAUCUGGAGGACCUGGAACUGGCACUGGAGGUUUUCUAUAAACCAAUGGCAGAGUCAGGGAGGCUGACAGAGGCUGAGAUGAGCAUGAUCUUUGUGAACUGGCGGGAACUGAUCAUGUGCAGCACCAAACUCCUAAAAGCUCUGCGUGUCCGUAAGAAGAUGGCUGGAGAGCGGAUGCCGGUGCAGGUGGUGGGUGAUAUCCUGUCUUCAGAGCUCUCUCACAUGCAGGCCUACAUUCGCUUCUGCAGCUGCCAGCUCAAUGCUGCGGCUCUGCUGCAACAGAAAACAGACAAAUCAGCUGACUUCAAACUCUUCCUGAAGAAAAUUGCCAGUAAUUACCGCUGUAAAGGAAUGCCACUGUCCAGCUUCCUCCUGAAACCCAUGCAGAGAAUCACACGCUACCCACUGCUGAUCAAGAACAUUCUGGAGAAUACCCCUCCAACUCAUGCAGAUCACGCAAACCUGCAGGCGGCACUGGAGCAAGCCGAGGAGUUGUGCUCACAGGUGAACGAGGGCGUGAGGGAGAAAGAAAACUCUGACCGGCUGGAAUGGAUCCAGAACCAUGUGCUGUGUGAUGGAGUCAUUGAGCACCUCGUUUUUAACUCUCUGACGAAUUGCCUGGGCCCUCGAAAGCUGCUGCACAGCGGCAAACUACAUAAGACCAAGAGCAGCAAGGAGCUUUGGGCCUUCCUGUUUAACGACUUCCUGCUCCUCACCAACACCUCAAAACAGUUCUCAUCUGGGCCUGACAGACUCUUCAAUCCGAACUCAAAUGCACAGUACAAGAUGUAUAAAACGCCAGUGUUUCUGAAUGAGGUCUUAGUUAAAAUGCCCUCUGACCCUUCCAGUGAUGAUCCAGUUUUUCACAUCUCACACAUUGACCGUGUUUACACUCUCAAGGCUGACACCAUUAAUGAAAGGACUGCAUGGGUGCAGAAGAUCAAAGCGGCAUCUGAACACUUCAUAGAGACUGAGAAGCUGAAAAGAGAGAAGGCAUACCAAGCUCGCUCGCAGAAGAACAAUGGAAUUGGGCGACUGUUAGUAACGGUCCUGGAGGCCACUGAGUUGAAGCCCUGCAAACCAAAUGGAAAAAGUAACCCGUACUGUGAGCUAACCAUGGGCGCGCAGUGUUACUCGUCCCGCCAUCAGCCUGACACGCUCAACCCCAAAUGGAACUUCAACUGCCACUUUUUCAUCAAAGACCUGUAUCAGGACGUCCUGUGCCUCACCAUCUUUGAGAGGGACCAGUUCUCUCCCGACGAUUUUCUUGGUCGUACUGAAGUUCCUAUAGCGACAAUAAAGAAGGAUCAAGAAGGUAAAGGUCCAAUGGUACAGCGUCUUCUGCUUCAUGAAGUUCCAACUGGAGAGGUCAAAGUGCGGCUUGACCUGCAGCUCUAUGAUCAAACACCUCACCUGUGAACUUCACAUCUGAUUCAUUAGCACUCCAUAAUUAACCAGAUCAUUUAAUAGAAGUUUAUGAGUGUUCAUUUUUAAAAGUAUAUUGGAAUGACUCUGUACAUCUUUGAAAAAGUUAACUACUUAAAGGGAUAGU